AUGGUCCUGCUCUGGAAUGUCUUUCCAGAUCUGACGCCGCUCGACUGCGCUUCGUCAGAAAGCGAAUCACCUUCCCCGACCAAGAACCCACUUGGGGACGGCUUCUGCAAUGAUCUCUACCAGCAAGUUACCAAUAGUAGCAUUGCCAUCUCAAUCGGCGGUGCUAUUGAAGACCUUGUGUCUAAUAGUGGCGGCCGCCUCGCCAUCAUCCAAUUUUGGGCGCAAGCUCGUGACCGCGCACUCCUGAACAAGAUACCACCAUUCUCUGUCGAUGGUAAUGCCGGCUUCAGCCGAGUUUGCAUCGACGGCCUGGCCCCCGCCCACCCGACUACCACUACGCCACAGUACUACAACGACCCGCACGGAGCCAGCAGAGGGUCUUUUUCAUCGGGCUUCGGCAACGAGGUUUCAGAGCUGGCGCCCAAGGCAUCAGCUCCAUUUGCUCAACUUAAACAAGGCGGACAAGUGCCACGUGGACAGAUUAGGGACGGCUCGGGUCUUCCGCAACAAUCAGGCGAGGCCCCAACUGGUGGCGCACCUGGCGGCGGCCUCAACACUAAAACCAGCUGCUGGUUCAAGAUCAUGAGCAAUCAGACUGACCGAUACCUGACCAUACAAAACUCUGAGUAUGCCUUCGUAUGCCUCCAAGGCUACAACUCGGUUUUUAAGGCUUACCCGAUCAAGAGCGUCGCAGUUGGCUUCGCAGUGACGGGGGACAAACGUAACGGUAGAAAGAACGAUUAUUCAGUCAAGCUCAAGGCUGGCACUGAACUUUGGCGGUUCGAGGGUGUUCGUCCCAACGCUCCUCAGUUUCUGUCACGCUGUUUCGGAGCUGCCGACCUCUCACCUGCAUCCCGAUUAUCAACAGGUUCCAACCCUAGCUUAGCACGCUCAGCCGCUGCCCAAGCCACAAAGCCCUGGAGAACGUGCAAGCUAGGGUUGGGCCAGAGGAAGCUUUGUGCGAACGCUCGUCCGGCUGUGCCCCACCUCCCCGUCGGCCGACGCCCAAACGUCGCCAGCCGGCUGACAUUCCAACACACUGCCUGGGCACACGAUUAUUCCAUGUUUCCGCAUUACUGCCAUCCUAUUGGCCUCUCUUCGACGUGUCCCUCAGACGCCACAAAAUCGAAGCGGACCUAUGAUAUUAGGCCUGAAUUGGACAGCGGCUGCGACUAAGACGCUUCGUGUUCUCUCGACCAUGAUCUGUUCACGUAGACUGCUAAGCUAAUCUCGAGCAUUUCCGUGAUCCGUCGGCAGAUUCAUUCAUUGAAGACAACCUUGGAAGGGACUAAUUUGAAACGUUCUGACGUGAACCGUUUGGCUGUCCCUAGGCCACUAUCAAAGUAUAAGAUUAGAGUUUAAGCUUUUAACGACUGUCACAAUUUGGCACUAUCGACGCUGCUGCUUACGUGGCUCAGAACUCCAAAUCUCGUGGAUACCGAUACUGCUUUGUCGCUGUCAUCCGGUCGUACCCCAGGACAUGCGUGAGCUCGAUGUAUCAUAUGUCUCGUGAUUCUCUUCUCAUGAUCCCAGCUUUAGUGGCUGGCAACAUGAAUCCUGAAGAGGUCUCGAUUACGAAAACGUCUCCUGACGUAUCUCAGCGAC